UCUUUCUGCUUAUUAUGUGCAGCUGAGUUUUAUGAGAUCGAUGCGCACGUGUCGGGUUUGAGCAGGAGCUCAUAAAAAUGCUUGCAUGCCUAGCAGUUCGUCUCAACCAGCAGGGCUUAACGAGUUGACCGAUCCUGCAAUGCUGCCCUGCCCAGUUCAUGGAACUCCUUCUCGAAACUUGAGCUUCGCGGCCAUUCAGAAUUUCAGACUGCUUGAAUUGUUUUAUAGUGAGCUCCCCAGCGCAAUGAAGUUACAAAGUUAGUUUCUUGAAGCUUCAGGGGAAGUGAUGGACUUGAGCAGCAGUCUCGUGGGGGCUCUGCGCCAUUGCCGGCGCUUUCGAGCUCUCAAACCCGGAAGAUCCGUUCACGCUCUGGUGAUCAGGCUUGGGCUUUCGGGUGACGUGUAUUUCGCCAACAAUCUGAUCUCCAUGUACGUGGGUUCUAACGAACUGGGCGAUGCGCAUAAGCUGUUUGAUGGUAUGCCCUACAAGAAUCUGGUCACCUGGGGGACUAUGGUUUCCACCUAUGCUAAUGCGGGAGAGCCUGAGGUUGCUCUCGGAUUGUACCACCGAAUGUUGGAGUCCGGAUCAGAGACGCCCAAUGAGUUCGUGUACUCUGCAGUUGUUAAAGCUUGCGGUCUCUUGGGUGAUCUUGAUUUGGGUAGAAGGCUCCACAGCAGGAUUUCCGCAGCUAAACUGGAGUCUGACACUGUUUUGAUGAACUCCCUUAUCAACAUGUACGUCAGGUGCGGGAGUGUGAGUGAUGCCAGGAGGGUUUUUGGAGAAAUAUCGCAGAAGACAUCGGUUUCAUGGAAUACUAUGAUCUUCGGGUACUGUGAAGAAGGUUUAAUGGACGAGGCAUUGAGUUUGUUUCAUCAGAUGCCGGGCCGGAAUGUUGUCUCUUGGAACAGCAUCGUUGCUGGUUUUGCAGAUCAGGGAAGCCCGCAGGCACUGGAUUAUGUUCAUAUGAUGCACCACCAAGGUUUAGAGCUUGAUGGUUUCACAUUCUCCUGUGCCCUCAAAACUUGUGGUUCUCUCGGUUUGCUAGCUUUUGGGCAACAAGCUCAUAAUUACUUGAUUAAGUCGGGCCUGGAAUCUAGUUGUUACUCUGCAUCAGCGCUAGUUGAUAUGUAUUCUCAAUGUGAUGAACUAGGUGAUGCACUCAGAGUGUUUGACGAGUGCAUGAGAUUCAGAUUUUCAGAUCAUGAGAUUUUGGCCCUUUAUAAUUCCAUACUUUCUGGAUAUGUUGCCUGUGGACACAACAGGGCUGCUCUCAAACUUCUCUUGGAAAUUUACUGGUCAGGGGUGCGCAUGAAUUCUUACACCUUCAGCAGUGGUUUGAAGGCCUGCUUCAACUUGCUUAACUUGGGACUUACGCUUCAAUUACAUGCUUUAGUUGUUGCCAGUGGAUAUGAAUUGGACUAUAUUGUUGGAAGCAUUCUUGUAGAUUUAUAUGCAAAGCAAGGAAAUAUUCAGAUUGCACUGAGAUUGUUUGACCUACUUCCACAGAGAGAUAUUUUGGCAUGGUCCGGCUUGAUUGCGGGGUGUGCAAAAAUGGGGUACGACUUGUUUGCUCUCUCAUUGUUUAGGGAAAUGAUGGCUUCAGGUGUGUAUGUGGAUGAGUUUGUAAUUUCAUGUAUUAUAAAAAUCUGUUCAAGUUUAGCAUCUAUCAGAAAUGGCAAACAGGUGCAUGCUUUGAGUGUCAAGAGUGGGUAUGAACUAGAGGAGGUUACUGUUACGUCUCUAAUCGAUAUGUAUUCAAAAUGUGGCGACAUUGAGGAGGGCUUAAAAUUAUUUGGCAGCACUUUGAUAAAGGGCACUGUUUGUUGGACGGCAAUUAUUAUGGGUUGUGCACAAAAUGGACGAGCAAUGGAGGCAAUUAAGUUGUUCUAUGAGAUGUUACAAACAGGGCAAAAGCCCAAUGAAGUUACCUUCUUGGCUGUUCUUGCAGCCUGUAGACAUGCCGGUCUGAUUGAAGAGGCAAAAACAGUAUUCAGUUCCAUGGGAAGUGAACAUGGACUGGUACCUCAUUGUGAGCAUUACUACUGCAUGGUCGAUCUUCUUGGUCAAUUUGGUCAUUUUGAAGAGGCAGAAAAGUUAAUUUCCAGCAUGCCAUUUAAACCUGAUAAAACCAUAUGGUGCUCGUUGCUGGAGGCUUGUGCAAGUCACGGUAAAACUGAACUAGUUGAUGGCAUUGCAGAGAACCUCCUUGCAAUCUCUCCGGAAGACCCUUCAAUAUAUGUGAUGCUGUCGAAUGUCUAUGCAACACUGGGUAUGUGGGCAAACCUGACCAAAGUGCGAAAAUCUGCUAAGAAACUGGGGACCAAAGAAGCUGGAAAAAGCUGGGUGGAGAUUUCAACCUAGAAGUCUUGAUUUCCAGCAUGCGUAACAGAGCUUUGAAUUUAUGCAAAAAUGACUUUCAGGGUUCAAAAUACUAGAUAGCUCCUUCUGCAGUGAAUUGAGCGAUCAAAUAGAAGGAAGAUGCAGAUGCUUCCUAUAGUACCAGAAAAGCUAGUAGAAACUCUACCAGGAUAUGCCUCUUGGCAUUAUCUUAAAAUGUUUCUACGUCACUUUAGAGAGAAGUGAAGAAGACAUGUCAUAUUGGCCUAUGCCUCAAUAGGCACACAAAUAUGCUAUUCACCACAUUGAGUUUGUAAGGAGUCAAGGACUUGAUAUCUGAGAAGCACAAUCUGGCAGGUGCUGCUUUGCAGCUACAUUAUGCACCAAAUUCAGAGGUUUGUUUGCAAAUGAAGAAACCUGACUUGAUAAUCAGCAACAGAGCUCUUUAAGAUGGCGGAAGCCAAUGUCCUAGGGACUCUUCAUUAACAAAACAGAAAACGAUUUUAUUUUCAUUUUCAUAGUGGAUGUAUUUUUUUAACAUGUAGCCUUACAGUUUGUAUAUUCCGAACUAGAAAGUGGAAGCAAUGUUGAAAAGAAAUGGGAAAAAUUGCAAGGCUAUUUCUCUUCAACAGUCCGCGUGCACAUACAAAAAUGGCACUUAUUGUUAUAAUGUGUCAGUGCACAUAUAGAUGUAAUUACAUGCAUGCACUAAGACCAUUCAAAUUAAUCAUUUGAAGAAAGACAACUUUGGACGAGAGAGUAAAUCUAGAUUGAUUUUGCAAGUCCUCAAGAAGAUAGUGAAUUAGAAAAGGACUUGCAAUCAGUUGCAAUUUUGGUUGUCACUAAUUGAUGGUUCUCACUCUCAAAAAAAUUGUGUCCUUCAUUUAAUUACAAUAGACAUUUUAAGUUUCAGAUAAAGCAGAUUGGUUUUGCAAGUCCUUAAGAAGAUAGUGAAUGAGAAAAGGACUUGCAAUCAGUUGCAAUUUUGGUUGUCAUUAAUUGAUGGUUCUCAUUCUCAAUAAAAUUGUGUCCUUCAUUUAAUUACAAUAGACAUUUUAAGUUUCGGAUAAAGCAGAAAUGUUUCUGUGUGCAUCAGCAUCUGCAUGGUUUCAAAUUUAAAUUACAGCACCUCGUUUUUGAACUCUUUUUUACAAGGCAUGGAUGUCUUAUUGGCAUAUCACGUGAUUUCUUCGAGAUUGAAACUUCCUUGAACGUUAUCC